AUGAUCCAGACAUCUCCCGAGCCCAAGCUGUCCCCCUUGUGGGAAAAGGCAUUGGAGAACUACCGCGAAGAGCUCGCGGCAGACGAUGAAUUUCGACUGAUACUGGAGACGGGGAGUCUCGAUGAGUUACUGAACGACCCCAAGAUACUGCAGCCCUUUGGGCCGCGAGGACGAAAGUCUUUGGACUCAAUGUACCGACUGAAACCAACCUUUAGACUGGUCAAUGACUUUUCUGCGGUGCUCGCGGUCUCUUUUGGGGCGGGAACGGUGCUGACGGCUCUUGUUUGGGGCAGCAUCCGCAUGGUCCUAACUCUAGCAUCUUCUGCUGGAAACCUUCUUCAGGAGGUCCCGGAUAUGUUGGAGGAACUGAGUUUGACCUUACCGCGCCUCAAAUAUUAUGAAAAAACAGUGCCUAUGGAUCAGGAACUUGAGAACUCGUUACUCGCUGUCUAUACGGAGGUGAUUUGCUUUUAUGCCCGCGCUAUUCAUUUCUUUCGCAGCCACAAGCAUAUGAUACUGCUGCGAAAUUCAUGGUCUGAGCUCAGCGGGGAUUUCAGCAGAACCGUGCAGCGAAUCAAAAGACUAUCGGCGACAAUUGAAAGCGAAGUCGAGCUCACCCAGAUGCGACAUGACAACCAGAAGUACCACGAAAUCCUUGAUUUGAUGGCCAAUUUCCACACUCAACCUCCCGAAGCGGCGACUAAAAGUCAUCAUUAUAUCCCAUUCUCGGAAAGCACGCGGUUCUGGGGCAGGGAGGAAGUUCUAUCACGGAUGGACGGUGCACUUACAGGGAAUGGCCCAAAGGAGUCGCUCUGCUCAUUUGCAUUGUACGGAAUGGGAGGUGUUGGCAAGACCCAGAUAGCACUCAAAUACGCCAACGCCUCGCGUGACGAGUUUGAUUCAAUUUUCUGGAUCUCAUCCGAUAAUGCUAUCACGAUUGAACAGAGCUUUCGUGAAAUCGCUAAAUCACUGGGACUCAUUCAGCCAGGUAUGGAAAGCGAUGAUAAUGCUGUGAUCCUGGAAGUUAAAUCCUGGCUAUCCUCAACCAAGAGCCGCUGGCUUCUUGUGUUCGAUAAUGCCGACGACCUGAGCGCACUGAAGCAAGUUUGGCCCAGUAGUGCAACUGGAGCUAUUUUACUGACAAGCCGCGACCCGGCCGCAGCCUUUGGCCUGGCGUCGGAUGGUGUUCAAGUCACGCCGUUCGACACACAAUCCGGCUCUGCGGCGCUGCUGAACAUGCUUGGGCUCGAUCCGGAGACACAAUCUAACAAGGAAAACGCUGCGGCCAUUACUUCAACAUUGGGUGGAUUGCCUUUGGCACUAAGUCAAAUCGGCGGUUUUAUUGUGCAGCGGAAAAUACCCCUGCAUGACUUCCUGCCUCUAUAUAACAGAAAGUCCGAAAGCGUUGAUAAAAGGAGCACAUUGAACAUGAAUUACAACCACACGUUGGCCACUGUGUGGGAGAUGUCUUUAAGUAGGCUAUCAGGAGAUGCCAAGGCGCUCCUCAUGUUCCUCGCCUUCUUGGAUCCCGACUACAUCAAUGAAUUGUCCUUAAGGAUGGGGCUUCUCGACUUCCUGGACGCCGAAGAAGUUCUACUUCAAGGAGCGCUCAUCGACAAGUCGUGUGAGAACGGGGCCAUUACGAUCCAUCGGCUUGUGCAGAGAGCGGUAAUUCGCCGUAUGAGCCUCGAAGAACGGCGGGACAUCUUCUCUACUUUGGUAGACAUCCUGACGGCGAACUUCCCGGAUACAUAUAGCGCCGAUGUUGGCCAUCAAGUCGCAUCCUGGACUCUCUGCGAAGCAAGUCUACCCCAUAUUGAAAGCUUGACGAAACAGAACGAUGGCUUUGGCAUAUUUUCCGAACACAACCAGUCAUUUGCAGAGCUUUUGCUUCGAUGCAGUUGGUAUCUCUAUGAGCGAGAAAACUAUGGUAUCGCUCAAAAAUACGUCGAUAUCGCGCUCAGGAAAUUUUCCGACAGAAAAUCCCUCGCAUACGCGAGUGCAGUUGACUUCAAAGGCCUGAUUGACCUUGAUAUUUGCCGCCCCAAAAAUGCUCUUGCGGCCUUCGAAGAAGCAUACGAGCUACGCUCCGCCAUUCUCUCGGGCGAAGAUGCCUUUUUGGCCGCAAACCUGGUGAACUUUGGCCUCGCACUCACAGAGCUCGGGGACCUGGAUGGGGCUCUCGACUAUCUCCAGAAGUCGAUCGAUAUUCGGUUGAAGCAUAAUAGUGAUCGUAUCGGCAAUUCUUACAGUAGUAUGUCGAGCUUGCUUCUUCGCAUGGGGAAAGCCGAUGAGGCAGAGGAGAUGUUGAAACGUUGCCCCUCACUAAAAGUCUUCACGGAUGAGACCUUCCUCAAGACUGGAAACCCACGAUUUUCCGGGGAUAUGGUCCUGCUCAGUCGAAUCCGAUUGGCGCAAGGCCGAUACGACGAGUCUUUGAACCUGGCCUCAAAGGCUCUAGUGUUCCGGAGGCAGUGCCUGGGAGAGCGUCUCAAAGUCUGUGACUCACUCUAUCAGGUUGCGGAUAUUCUGGAAAAGGGGGAGAAUCCAGCCUUGGCAUGUCAACUACUGGAAGAGUGCGUCAAGAUCUCGGAAGUGUUGCCCCCAGUUGAGGGUCUGCGGCAUCUAGCUCGGGCAACCUAUAGAUUAUCGCGUAUCUCAGAUGCUCUUGGGAAGGACAAAGAGAGCGCUAAACAGCUGGAGCGGGCGAUGAAUGUCCGAGAGGAAAUUCUCAAGUUAGAGGGCGACGAAGUGCUUGGUAAAGAUGCUGGUUCUGAUCUCGAGGACCCUGUUCCCUGGAUGUUGUGGUAG